CUGAGCUAGUUAAAGGCUUCCGAGGAUUCCCCCAGCUGGAAAUUUGGGGCGAGAAUGGACUUAGGUUGUGGUCUCCCUGGCCCUCUCACGUCCAAAGCGCCACCAAAAGCCUGGCUCGCUCACUGACCUACCCGAGAUCGCCCUCUAGCGCUCGUCUGAAGAAACCGCGCACCAUGGGGUCGACCAGCAUCCCGCUGGUCAAAGCCCUUCGCAGCCCUGUCUCCGACUAUGUCAACUAUGACAUCAUUGUCCGGCAUUACAACUACACGGGCAAGCUGAACAUGGGCCCAGACAAGGAUAACGGCAUUAAACCAACCUCAGUGGUGUUCAUUGUCAUCUGCUGCUUUAUCAUCCUGGAGAACAUCUUUGUUUUGCUGACUAUUUGGAAAACCAAGAAGUUCCACCGACCCAUGUACUAUUUCAUUGGCAACCUGGCCCUGUCAGAUCUGCUGGCCGGAGUAGCCUACACUGCCAACCUGCUUUUGUCAGGGGCCACCACCUACAAGCUCACCCCAGCCCAGUGGUUUCUGCGAGAGGGGAGUAUGUUUGUGGCCUUGUCUGCCUCGGUGUUCAGCCUCCUGGCCAUCGCCAUUGAGCGCUACAUCACCAUGCUGAAGAUGAAACUUCACAAUGGGAGCAACAGCUUCCGCUCCUUCCUGCUGAUCAGUGCCUGCUGGGUCAUCUCGCUCAUCCUGGGCGGCCUGCCCAUCAUGGGCUGGAAUUGCAUCACCGCGCUGGCCAGCUGCUCCACAGUGCUGCCCCUGUACCACAAGCACUAUAUCCUCUUCUGCACCACGGUCUUCACUCUGCUUCUGCUGUCCAUUGUCAUUCUCUACUGCAGGAUUUACUCCAUGGUCAGGACUCGGAGCCGCCGUCUGACCUUCCGCAAGAACAUUACCAAGGCCAGCCGCAGCUCUGAGAAGUCCCUGGCGCUGCUUAAGACCGUGAUCAUCGUCCUGAGUGUGUUCAUCGCCUGCUGGGCGCCCCUGUUCAUCCUCCUCCUGCUGGACGUGGGCUGCAAGGUGAAGACGUGUGACAUCCUCUUCAAAGCGGAGUACUUUUUGGUGUUGGCCGUGCUCAACUCCGGCAGCAACCCGGUCAUUUAUACUCUCACCAACAAGGAGAUGCGCUGGGCCUUCGUCAGGAUCAUGUCCUGCUGCAAGUGCCCCAGCGGGGACCCCGCAGGCAAAAUCAAGCGGCCCAUCAUAGCCGGCAUGGAAUUCAGCCGCAGCAAGUCAGACAAUUCCUCGCAUCCCCAGAAAGACGACGGAGACAACCCAGAGACCAUUAUGUCCUCUGGAAACGUCAACUCUUCUUCCUAAAACUGCCGGCUGCCAGUCCAAGGGGAGUGCCCUUGCAUGGCCACCCACCACCCCAAUGCUUGGGGUGCAUUUUUGUGGGUUCAACUGCCACUGGGAGGAGUUUGCUCAGAGCUGGAGAGAGGGAGAGAAGGGCUAAGUUCAGAGCAGCCUGGUGAACCUGGGUGUUGCUGACUGGAGUUCCUUGCAGUGAACAAUGCACUGGGAAGGGCGGGAUCUGGUUCUCCUUGGAAUCCAUUUCCUCCUCCCUGGAGCUUUGAUUUUGUAGUGAGCCAAAGGUCUAGCAUUGUCAAGCUCCAGAAGGGUUCCUUGGCUCCUCCUCAAAGACUGGUGCCCAUGUGAAAGCACUCUCUCUGGAACUUGGAGAUGUUUCUUUGACUUCAGUUGCGAACUGUGUGUUUGUGUUCUUCGCUUGUCUAGAUUUGCUCUACACAUCCACCACCGCCCCCCUUCACCUUUACACCUCUCCUCAAAAUUCUUUUACUUUAUAUUUUAACUUCCUGGCAUGCACCAGAGCUGGAAAUGUGGAUUGGUUUGUUGCUUCAACACCUGUAGCAGGCUGUGUCCAGUAUAGACCUUGAGGAGAUGAAAAGGCAACCCAGGUGUAAAGAAAAUUUCAGCCACUCAGGCCAAAGUUUCCACAUUACUAGGUCAGUUUUUUUCUUGCAUCUUUACAAUGGAAUGUGUUACCACAGAAAUUUGCCUAAGAAAGUCAAGUUGAUUUAAAUGAUGUCAGCCAGGGCUCUUAGUGUCUAGGAGUAAAAACAAAAACAGAAUGAAGACCAGACUUGUAAACCAAGAAAGGUUUGUUAAUAAAAAAAAAAAAAAGCAAGACCAAGGGGGGAUGCAAAUAUUGUUUAAAAAAAAAAAAAGAAAACGAUUAUCAAAAACAUCACUUUUGUAAACCAACAAAACCUUAAUAAAAAAAUGGAACAAAGAAAUGUUCUUAAUGAUUUUGUCUAACAAAUAUACCAUCUGUCUUCAGCACUUUUGUUGAUGUUUAUUUCAGAGUGUUGUGUGAAUCACUUCAACCGACAAGAUGGUGUUUUUGUUGUGUUAAAAGUACUUUUCAUGAUUGUUGAAUGUAUUUUUUUUGACAGAAAUCAUUUUAUUGGAUUUUUGUAACCUGUGUUAACAGUAUUGAAUGUGCUUUAACAGUAUUGAAUGUGUAUUCCUUACGAGAAAACCACCCUCUUAUGCCCUCAAAGCAUUACUUUAACUAUAGUACACAUCAGAAAUUUUUCAGUACAGCUGUUCAUUAGUUAAUUGAAGAUGUGUAUAAAUGUUACAAAGAAUAAAAAUAUAUUUGCUGUGUCUUUAGUAAGGUUUUCAGUGCAAUUAAACAAAGAAACGUCUUGUUUAUUGUUUUUUUUAAAUAGUAUUUAAUAGGUUUCUGAAGUGUGGUCAUUUUGCACAUAGCUUUAUCAACGUUUAAACUAAUAAACUGAAUUUUUCA